UCAUUCAUGGCAUUAUAAUACUAUUUCCCUCAUAGCCCUUAAAGUCCAAGUGCGAGUUUUCAAUCACUCUCAAGCCGUUUUCAUCUAAUUCCUACUCCAAAAAAAAAUUUGAUCUCCUUGUUCCUUGUAAAUCUAAUCGAAAACAUCAAAAAAGAAAAAAGAAACAACUUUGGCAGUUCAGACUUCAGAGACUGUUUUUGUUUAUUGGACUAGCCAGUGAAGAAUUAAUUAAGGAGAUAGGUAUGGAAAUCGUAACUGCUAUUUUGAGCCCAGUCGCAGAACACUUGAUGAUACUGCCAGUUGCGCGACAGAUUGGAUAUUUGUUUUACUAUAGGCGCAACAUCAGGUCUUUGGAAAAUGAAAAUAAGAAGCUGGAGGGUAUCAGAAGCGGGGUGCAGCACAGAAAGGAUGCUGAAUGGAGAAACUUACAAGUCAUGCCACCCCAUGUCGAGAAUUGGUUAAAGGAUGUUAAUGAAACUACUGCUGAGGUGGCGGUUUUACUACGACGUAGAGCUGAGGUUGAAAGAGGUUGCUUCUACGGUUGGUGUCCAAACUUGAAGUCACGUCACUCGCUGAGCAGGAAAGCUAAGAAAAUUGAACAGGCUAUGAUUGGUCUUCAAGAUGAAGGCACACGUUAUGCUCCUUCCUCCUGUCCAGCACCACUUGCAGUUACAGUGAUACACAGUGAUGAGUUUGACUCUAGAAAACAGAAGGAGGAAGAGGUCAUGACAGCUUUGAAAGAUGAGGGGAUCACUAUUGUUGGGAUAUGUGGUAUGGGUGGUGUUGGUAAAACAACACUGGCUGAGAAAGUAAGAGCAAGGGCAAAACAAGAAAGGUUGUUUGAUUAUGUUGUUGUGCUAACUAUCAGUCAACAACAACCAGACAUUAAAAAAAUACAGCGCGAGAUCGCCGAAGGAGUCGGUCUAUCAUUAGAGGGGGACGAUUUGUUGGAGCGUGGAGAUCGGCUGCGUUCAAGGUUAAUGCAGAAGGACAGUCGCGUCCUUGUAAUUUUGGAUGAUGUUUGGAAGAAGGUUGAUCUAAAGAGGGUUGGAAUUCCCAGUGGUAGCGAUCGCAACUACUGGUGCAAAGUGAUAUUGACGACGCGUCUCCGAGAUGUUUGUGACGAUAUGGAGGCUAAAAAGAAAGUACAUGUUGAAAUCUUAUGUGAAAAUGAAGCAUGGCUCCUUUUUAGGCAGAAAGCCGGUAAUUCAGCUGAUGAUCUCUCUCUUCCUGAUAUAGCAGAAGCCGUUGCCAAAGAAUGCAAGGGGCUGCCACUUGCAAUUGUUACUGUUGCAGGAGCACUAAAGGGUAAAACCAAGCGUUCAUGGGAGGAUGCCCUUUUAGAAUUAAAAAAAGCAGCACCAAGAAAUAUUCGAGGAGUGCUUGCAGAUGUGUAUCAACCUCUGAAGAUAAGCUAUAAUCACUUAGGGAGUGAUGAAGCCAAGGAUGCCUUUUUGCUUUGUUCCUUGUUUGAGGAAGAUAGUAAUAUUUGGACUGAAGAAUUACUUAGAUACGGAAUGGGGCUUGGCAUCUUUUCGGAACUCGAAAAUUUAGAAUGUGCAAGAAAUAGGGUGUCUAAUCUGUUAGAAACAUUGAAAAAUUGUUUCUUGUUAUCCCAAGUUCCAGGCAAAGAUUAUGUCAAAAUGCAUGAUGUGGUCCGGGACAUGGCUAUACAUAUUGCAUCUGAGGGUAACCAUAUUUUUUUGGUGAGCCACAAUGUGAACUCAAAAGAGUUCCCAAGAAAAGACUCUUACAAGCAAUACAGUCAUAUGUCAAUUGUUGCAAAUAAAUUUGAUGCGCGUCCCAGACCAAUAUCUUGCCCACGAUUGAAGCUUCUGAUGUUAAAACUCCGUUUCGAAGAGGGUUUCAAA